GUCGCUAUGCUAGAACAGCAGCCAAGCGUCCGCAACACAACUACAACCCUGCCAUUGUAGAGAUGCUCACGCGCAGUCUUGACGAAGAGACGUCGGCACCGACCCCGAACACAUUCAAAAUUCGCGCCUUCAAGCUCGCCAUACGGACCAUCAAUGCCCUCGAGGAUCCCAUCACUUCUGGCGAACAAGCCAAAGACCUCAGAGGUAUUGGCCCACGCAUCGCGGCGCGGAUCGACCAGUUCCUGCAGGAGUUAAACCGCGACGUUUCUCAUGAGUCGCACCAUUCUUCGUCCGCCGCGGCGGAAAGCGAAGACGUGAUCGCCGACCGGGCUGCCAAAGAGCUGCAACAGAUAACCGGAAUUGGCCCCAGCAAAGCAAGAACGCUCGUCGCGGCCGGCUGCACCUCGAUCGCCCAGCUCCGGGCCAGCCCUGAGCUAAAAAAUAAGCUCACCCGCUCGCAGCGGAUAGCGCUCGAUUUUCAUGGCCAGCUCAAGAAGGGUGUCACGCGUGCGCAGAGCGAACAAGCGCUUAAACUCGUGCGCAUGUGCGUACCAUCGUCCUGCGAAGCUCAUCUUGUCGGCAGCUACCGCCGCGGCGCCGCGCAGCCCUCCGACAUAGACAUCCUCAUAUUGGACCCGGACAUGCCCGCGCCAUCCUCCCCAAUCCCACAACGUGCGAGUGCCGGCCGACGGCGCCCCACUGGCGUCCUCGCGGAAACGAUCAAGGCGCUGGAGCGCGACGAAAGCGGUGCCGCGGUGACGAUAUCAGGCGGCCUGACCCAAUGGCAGGGCAUUGUACGGCUUAACAACGACCAACACGCCAGAACACCCGCCUACCGACGUAUGGACAUAUGGGUGUACCCGAAGGAGUGCGCUGCGGCGGCGCUGCUCGCGCGAACGGGCGACGUCGAGUUCGUGCGCGACACCCGCGAGCGCGCGUCUCGGCGCGGCCUGCACCUCAACGACUACGGCCUCUGGCGGAGGGUCGAUCCAGAGCACUUGGCGGAGACGACGCGCGAGGCGGAGGACGAGGAGAACGAUGACAUGCUGGAUAUGGAUGACGAUCCGUGGGAGCGCGUGGACACCCCGACAGAGGAGGACUUACUCGAACAUCUCGGGUUGGAGAACGUCGUUCCCGAGAGGCGCAAUUUCGAGAACUUGUUGACGAAGAGACGGGAGAGGCGGGGAAGACCGAAGGGGUCGACGAAAAAGGCGGCCACCUCGUCAUGAAGCGUUGGCGGAGGCCAGGUAUACGGUACCAUAACAUAACAUUCCUUAAUACGAGCAUCGCAUCAACAGCGAUGGCGAUGUCUUCUGGACGUCACGACUCAUUGCACGUUGAAGUCCGACAUACUACUUCAGCC